AUAUGCUCUUGUUUAAAAGGUCGACAGACCAAGUUGUUAUUUGGAUAUAUUGGAGUGUGAAUAUUUUCCAAAGCAUAAACGUUGCCAUUUCUAUAGAAACCAUCACAACGUUGUAAAUCAAAUAUUGCCCAUGAAAACCUUUUUUAGCAAUGAAUAUUUGCCGGUGCCAAGCGUUUCUACACUCCAACGAGGAUCGUGUCAUGUUCUUAUUCCAAAGAAGAUGUUUCAGAGACUGGCUCUCAAUUUGGAAGACGUGGUGACUAUUUCAAUCUUUCGUGGAUGCAAUGAAGGAAAGACUUUUGUUGGCAGAGCGUGGUUAUCUCAUUUGGACGAAGUGGAAUGGGAUCCUACUGUGUAUGUGAAGAAAGAAACAACGUGUCCACUCAAUUCCAAUUGGGAGUUAACUCAAUAUGAUUCUUCUGAAGUUGCAGCAGUUUGCUUGGCCGUUGUACAUAUUACGAGUAGUAAUCCUUUUGCCAAGUCCUUUGUGGAUUAUUUGAUAGGACAAAGAAUAUCUGUUGUUUUCAACUCUGUAAACUACAUUCAAUUUCGUUCAGAAACCAUUCAAAUCGAUAUUUUUCCUUCUGAAACCUCGAAAACACAAGUAGGAGAAUUUUCAAAAGUGACUCGAUUUAUUUGGUUGGACCAAACGACGAAGUUGUCAAGGCAUCGGUUAGUUUCAUUGAAUCCUUUGACCUGGCAAUAUCGAGGAUGGUAUUCUUGCCAUGAGAAAACGUUUCGGAAGAUUUGUGAGUUUUUUGAGACAACCGCGGAAGAAAAUGCCUUGAACGGUUUUAUCGACGUCCAAGGAAUAUUAUUAUGUGGUCCAUCUGGUGUUGGAAAAACUUGCACCGUUAGAAUGGCAGCCAAAUAUUGUUCAGUUCCAUUCUUUGAACUUCAAGGAAAAGACUUGAGUACUUUUGAAUACUUUGGUCAAGCCGAACAAGCUUUAAAAAAGCUAUUUUUUGAUGCAAAAAGGUGUUCUUUAGCACUUUUAUUUAUCGAUGAAGUGGACAGUCUCUGUCCAAAGUUUCAUGAACAUUCAGAAAACCUGAAUCGUCGUAUCACAUCACAAUUGGCUUGUCUUUUGGAUGAACUCCGACAAGAUACGACUAAGAAUCGAAUCCUUUGUAUUGCAGCUACGAAGCAUCCCUACGCUGUUGACCCAACUUUGAGAAUUCCUGGUCGAUUUGAUAAGGAAUUGGUUCUUUUACCGCCUUCUGAAGAAGAGCGUAAAGACAUGCUAUCAAAAUUCUUGCAGUUCUAUCAUUGUCAUGUAGAUGCACAACUCAUAUCUGAAAUGGUUCAUCUAUCCAAUGGCUUUGUUGGUAUUGAUUUUUCUCAAGUCUUUCUUGAAAGUUUGCGUGCAUGGACCAUUUCAGUCAAAGACAAUCUUUCAGAGGUGUUAUUGGAGAAGAUCAAAAGUCACACACCUUCAUUACUUCGAGGUCCAUACACUUUAGAGAUCCCACUUGUUGGUUGGAAUGAUAUUGGUGGUUAUGAGAACGUGAAGCAAAGACUCAAAAUGGCAGUGGAAUGGCCAAGGAAGUAUUCUUCAUUGUGGAAACAUUUUCAUUUGAAAGCCCCUCGUGGAAUAUUGUUACAAGGACCACCAGGCUGUAGUAAAACUACUUUGGUGAAGGCAACUGCAAAUGAAUCUGGUUUGCCUAUUUUAUAUCUAUCCGGUGCAGAGUUAUAUUCAUGCUUCCUAGGAGAGUCAGAAAGUAUUCUGAGAAUGGCAUUUGAAAUUGCCAGAUCUGUAUCUCCAAGUCUUUUAUUCAUUGAUGAAUUAGAUAGUGUAUUGGGGAAACGACAAGUGGAGACGGAAGGCAAUUUAGUAAAAGAACGUUUAUUAAGUACAUUUCUUACCGAAAUGGAUGGCAUUGUGUCUGCAGAACAAGUCUUGGUCAUUGGUGCAACCAAUCGUUCCGAUUUAUUAGAUGAAGCUUUAUUGAGACCUGGUAGAUUCGAUGAAAUUAUACAAGUAGAUCUCCCCGAUGCUUCCAGUAGGAAACAAAUAUUUCAAAUUUAUCUUCGUGGUAGGUUCUUUGAAUCGAGAACCGAAUUGGAUUCUUUCAAUUGGAAUGAGAUACUCGAGUCGACUCAAGGAUGGUCAGGAGCGGAAAUUGCCAAUGUUUGUCGGCAAGCUGUAUUUCAUGCCUUGCGUCAUGACAAGACCAUAGUGACGAUUGGAAGAUAUUUGCUUUCUUUUGGACAAAUUGAAAUACAAUCAGAGAGAGAAUCAUGCUGAAUAACACACAGAUUGUAGAGAAAUGGGACGCCAUUGUUAGGAAAAGUUCUCACAAGCGUUUAGUAGGAAAAAUUAAAAUCAAGAACAAAUUGGGAUUGCUUUCAGAGAGAAAAAUGCAAUGGAUUGAAAUUGACAAUGAGACAGAUGAAGCGAUUCCAUUUCUAGAGAAAAAUGCUUUCCUUUGGCUUUUUGGACACAUUAGAAUUGCUUUAAUUUGAAGUAGUAAAUCAUAUUCUUUUCCUAUUUCAGUUACGAAACGAUAACCAACUUUUGUGCGCUCCGUCUCAAAGCUGUUUCUUUGCACAAGAACAGAAUGAAUGCAAAGUCUACAUAUCUAUCUUUUCUAUUAUUUGCAUCGUUUGCCUUGUUGACUCUUGCUCAUGAUGGCUAUCAACAACCCUAUGCUACAACAUCAUAUACACAACAGCCUACUAUUUAUCCAUGGAUAGAGCCUUGUUCUACUGCAUGUGCAGGAUGUGUCUUUUGUUACGAAGUUGUAAGUAACUGUUUCAUAAACAUUCAUUGCUAAGC